AUGGAACCAUUUUUGAACAAGGGAAGGACUGUAGCUAUGGACAAUUUCUUCACCUCUCUGUCUUUGGCUAACCGGCUCCUUCAGCGAAAUACAACUCUGCUUGGCACCAUCAACAAAAUUCGUCAGGAGCUACCAGCAACUGCAAAGGAAACCUCGGGACACCAGUUGCACUUCACACAGGUGUUCAAAUCUGGAAGUGCCUUGCUGACGGUUACCAUGCAUCACAAAGUGGAAAUUGUGGACAUUCAAAAACAAAAACCAAACACUGUGGUUGAUUACAACCAUCUCAAAUGUGGUGUUGAUAUUAUGGACCAGAAACUGCGCAACUACUCUGUGCGUGCAGGAACACGGAGGUGGCCCAUGGCUGUGUUUUAUAACCUGCUUGACAUGGCCGCCACAAAUGCACAUGUUUUGUACACAGCGUGUAAAGGAUCCAAAGACAGUCGUCGACUGUUCAUGCUGGAGCUUUCAGAGGAACUCAAAAACAGGCUCCUACAGGAAAAGACACAAGAGGAAGAGCAAAAACAGCUACGUCGUGAGAUGAGAGUUUCCCAGCACAAAAAGACUCAAUGCCAGGCGCGCAUACUCUGCAAUAAGAACAAAAUUACUGAACGUUGUGUCCAUUGCGGAAAAUUUACCUGUGGCAAAUGUAGGAAAGGCUCUCCAUGGGAAUGUGGAAACUGCUAG